AUGACACAGCAAUGGGCCCGAACGUUGGUACGUGCUCGCGCCACGCGUCGAUCAUCGCCUUCCUCUCUUUCAAUGAAAUAUUUAAGAUGGCCGCAUGAACCAUUGAGUCUUCACAUAUCGGCCACUGGAGUAUUUCAGAUAAAUCACGCAGUGUACUCCACAUCAGCUUGUGACGCCUUCCCAAUUUCCCCCGCUCAUAAUCAUUACAAGUUUAAUGGUGUGCGCAUGGGUUUCGAUCCCUAUAAUUACACUAGCGGACACUGGCUUCGUGACGACAAGGAAGAGCGAGCCUCUCGUUACAUCAAGUUUGACUUUGAUGCCCUCUGUCGCAAGAUCCUUGAUCUGUCGCCCAAGGCAAGUUCCAUCGCAGACUGUCAGAAGAUUGAAGGAGGCUUCAAUAGAGUCUUUGUCUUUGUGCUAAAUGAUGAUACACGAGUGGUGGCGAAACUCCCGUUCGCGCUGGCUGGUCCAUCACGGCUAACCACCGGCUCUGAGAUCGCUACUAUUAAAUACUUGCAAGCCAAUACUACAGUUCCUAUACCCAGAAUUCUUGACUGGAGUGACGAUGCCACGAGCAUCAAUAAUACCCUUGGCAGCGAAUACAUCAUCAUGGAGCAUGCAAAUGGUGUUCAAUUGCAUAAGAAAUGGCAUGAAAUGUCUGAUAAGCAGCGUGUCAAAUGCAUAGACGCAAUUUACCGGAACCUUAAGGAAGUGGUUGACCUACAGUUUCCGUGCUUUGGGAGUCUGUAUUCUAUACACAGUCCCGUAUGCCCUGACAAAAGGCAUCCGCUUGAUGGAGACUUCUGUAUCGGGCCACAUUGCGAGACCAGAUACUGGAACUCUACAGCUUCACAAGAUCUUAACCCAAACCGGGGGCCCUGGACCAAUCUUCAGCAGUACUGUGAUGGCCUUGUUGAUGCUGGUCUGUCGAGGCUUCCCACUGUUGAUCUGGGAAGGAGAAUGCGGCCGAUGUAUCACGGCUCAGUCGAAACACAUAAAAUCCUUCUAGCUCAUACACGAACUCUACUGAGAUCUGCUAGCAUCGAGCCAGCAUUUUGGUAUGCGGAUGAGAUUCCUGACUUUGCAACGGAGAACGAGGUCUGCACCGGAGCAUUUGAUGUCUGCAGCCAAUUUCUCAUACCCACACUCUCAAAACCGAGAUUGGUGGACCAAAACCUAUUUCGGCCAUUUCGCUACAGUUACAGGACAUGGAAGGAUGGCGCUGUAGCACUACACCACGACUUAAUUGACACAUCUCGAAAUUGGGAAAGUCUAGGGUUUGCAGGACGAUGUCCUUACGCAUUACCCCCACCGCCUGAACACGCAGAUCAUCAGAAGAAGUAUAGACUUUUCGAGGCAGCGCAUAACCUGCGUUAUGAUCUGGCAGGCUUGCUCAACACAGCCACUGAUGGCUGGGUGCCAACGAGUGACUGGGAGGCGGCGCAGACAGCGCAUCAUGAGAUGUUUGAGGGAAUGCUGCAGGCUGUAUUGACUAAUCCAGACAUUGAUGAUCCUGAUGAGCCUGUGAAGGACGAAGAGACACUUAGAUCCAUAUGGCCUUUUGAUAUCUAA